UAAAAAUAGUCAUAGCCGCAUGCAUAUUUAUAUUUAAUAAUUGAUAAUUCCCAGGAUGCUAAUAGCAUAUGUUAUUAAUAAAAUAUCCGCUUGCAGCAGUGAUCAGACAGCAGCAUCGCUCCUAAUGAUAAUCCGCGUCUUCCUACAGCUGCUGUGACAUUUCUGCUGCUCUUUGGCCUGAGAGUGAUCUAAACUAAACACAAAAAGCCUGAUGUGGAUCCUGGGUGAUCAAUCAAACUAAAUUAUAUACUAAAGCCUGUUAAAGUAAAUGUUUUGAAACUUUUGAAACUGACAUGCUUAGGGGAUGACAGCAGAGGAUGUUUAUUAACGACCCUGAAUGCAUAAUAAUAAUAAUUUGUAUUAUUUUGAUUUAUGUUUAAUGUAUGGUGAUGGUUAAGGGCUGAGUGAUGGGAUGUAAAACCUAUUGAGGACUCUCAGCUGUGCUCAGUUUAAAGGGUCAAAAAGUAUAAAACUCUCAGAAACUAAAGAUUUUUGUUCUAAUGUAUUGUUACCUUAUUUGUGAGUUUUGUGCUUUGAAAACAGACGAAUAUAACUGUUUUAGCAUCAGUUUUCAGUGUCAGAACUGAACUCCUGGGACCAGUAUGGACAUUUAGUUUUUUUCUCAGAUUGAGUCUAUUGUCUGCAGCAGACAGUUUAUUUAUCUUCUCUUUUGACUCUUUUGAUUCAUCAUUUCCUGUGCGAGAAGUGUCCUAACCCAACACGGCGAUUUCAUUUGCGAGGCCUUCAGCUUUCCACUUUGAGGAAGAUUUCCUCUGCUGCAGCCUCAGUUUGUCAUUUCAGCCAGUAAGAAGAGUGCAUGUUUUCACACUAGAGCCGGGCACUGAUAGCGGUCUCAGCACCAUGUCCAGCCGAGGAGGAAAGAAGAAGUCGACCAAGACGUCCCGGUCCACCAAGGCCGGCGUCAUCUUCCCAGUUGGACGCAUGCUGCGCUACAUCAAGAGGGGUCUGCCCAAAUAUCGCAUCGGGGUGGGAGCGCCCGUCUACCUGGCUGCUGUCCUCGAGUAUCUCACUGCGGAGAUCUUGGAGUUGGCAGGUAAUGCAGCCAGAGACAACAAGAAGGGUCGCGUCACGCCACGACACAUCCUGCUAGCCAUCGCCAACGAUGAGGAGUUGAACCAGUUGCUGAAAGGUGUGACUAUCGCAGCAGGUGGAGUCCUGCCCAACAUCCAUCCAGAGCUGCUGGCUAAGAAGAGAGGAGCGAAGGGAAAACUGGAGACGCCCAUCUCACCCACCCCCGAGAAGAAACCCAAGCCGGUCAAGAAAACAGUGGCCAAGAAACUGAGUGGGAAAAAGGCAGGAGGGAAGGCUAAGAAGCAGGGUGAGGUGAGCAAGGCGGCGUCGGCAGACAGCACCACAGAGGGAUCUCCAGUUGACAGCUUCACUGUGCUUUCCACCAAGAGCCUCUUCCUGGGUCAAAAGUUGCAAGUUGUACAAGCCGACAUUUCCUCCGUGGAGAGCGACGCUGUCGUUCACCCGACCAACUCCUCCCUCUAUACAGGUGGUGAAGUAGGCUCUGCUCUGGAAAAGAAAGGAGGGAAGGAGUUCACUGACGCGCUGCAGGAGCUGAAGAAGAAAAACGGCCCUCUGGAGGUGGCUGGCGCUGUGUUGACCGCCGGCUUUGGUCUGCCUGCUAAGUACGUCAUCCACUGUAACAGUCCGGGCUGGGGCUCCGACAAGUGUGAGGAGAUGCUGGACAAGACGGUGAAGAACUGCCUGGCUCUGGCUGAUGAGAAGAAACUCAAGUCCGUGGCUUUCCCCUCCAUUGGUAGCGGGAGGAAUGGUUUCCCGAAGCAGACGGCGGCCCAGCUGAUCCUUAAGGCCAUCUCCAGCUACUUCGUGGCCACCAUGUCUUCCACCAUCAAGACCGUCUACUUUGUGCUGUUCGACAGCGAGAGCAUCGGGAUCUACGUGCAGGAAAUGGCGAAGCUGGAGACGAGCUAAGAGUUUGGAUUCUUUGCCUCCUUGUCCCUUUUUUCCCCCUCACUCUGUUUUUUCCUGCAAGGAAAUAGGAAGGUGUUUAUUAGUGAUUUGUUAAAUAUGAAGAGAAGAAGAAAAAGAAGAAUCUUUCUAUAGGCCGGGAACUUGUUUUUGCAUUAUGUUUGUAUUUUUCUUAUAUUGUUUUUAAUUUCUUAUUUACUUGUUCAGCUCUGGCGUUUAAAUGUAAAAGUGCACUGUCCAUUCUGCGGUCUUUUAAUACAAGCAGUGCCACACGAAACAGAUUCAACAAGUGAAAAGACUCACUGUAAGAUUUCAUUUUCAUGGUCUAUACGGUAAAAAGAUGUUAUGAGACAUAGCUUCACCUCAAUUAACCAGGCUUCCAGAGAGGUCUGAUGAAUACGGGUUAAUGCAAGUAAUGGCAGUAAAGAUAGUAAACAGCUAUUGUCUUUCUUUUUAAUCUCAAAAACAUAAGACACUUAAUUCAGUGUAUUUUUGGUAUCAGUUGUUUUGGAACAUCUCUGUUGUUAAUAGUACUGUAUAAUGAAAAGUUCAGUUUGCUCUGCUUUGGUCUUCAGGAGACUAAUAUAACAGAACUACGGAAUGAGUUUUUGUUUUUGUGUUGUGUGUUGCAAAUUCCUGUGUUUGCCUUUGUUCACACAGGCAAAAAAAAUUUGUUUCCUUGUGUGCUGCAGAGACCUCGAAUUAAAAAAAAAAAAAAAAAAAAAAAAAGGAAAAUUGAAUGAUAAUAAGUUGGAAAAAACUUAAUUAAAGGUCCAGUGUGCAGGAUUUAGGGGGAUCUGUUAUUAGAAGUGGAAUAUAAAUAUUCACACGUAUGUUUUCAUCAGUGUAUAAUCACCUGAAAAUGUUUUCAUUACCUUUAAAAUGAGCUCUUCAUGUCUACAGAGGGAGUGGAUCCUCUUUCCUGUUUCUACAGUAGGGCUUUUUGCAUUCUAAGCGGCCACUGUAGGAGAAGGUGUGCGAGGUGUUUUCAUUUGGUUUCAGUCUGUAAUCUCAACUCUAGAUGCCUCUAAAUCCUGCACACUUGACCUUUUAAUAUUCAUCUACAUGCCCGUAUAUUUUAUCCUCAUCCUGGUACUAAUGCCAUGAGUUCAUACAACUGAACGCCUGUUGGUUGUCAUUUAUAGCAAAAUGAAUCAGUUUAUGACGUAAAAUGGUAGAAUUGGAGGUUUUUGCAGGGCACUAAUGGGUUUAUAUUGUGUGUUCCUAUGAGUGUUUAUAUAGAUGGAGUAUUUGUGAAAUGUUAUAGUAAAAUAUUGGACUGUAACAUAGAUUUUUAUUUUCUAUUUUAAUUUUCACACUGAUUCUAAAAGGUGCAGGUGAUUUGGAAGCAAAAAAACAUAGCAAGAGAUCGUUUUUUUGUGUGUUUUGUCUUUGUUAAGCCAUAAAACAAAUGUACUAAUUUUUGCUGGAAAUAGAGGCUCUCUGCUGUUGCUUUUGAUUUGCUCUUUCACUCAGCUGCCACUAGAUGGCUCCCUGUAAUCAAGAAUUGGAUUUUUCAUCUCAGCCAUUUUCUGUGCAGCUGCAGGCCUCUUCACACAGACGCUGGUCGAUUUGAAUUGGGAUUGACGGACGUAUACGAGGAACCCGACUGCUCUGCUGCAUUUGGACUUUUCAAAAGCUUAACUUUCUUAUGAAAAAAUGUAAAAUGCUUUCUAAAGAGUUGCUACAAUUGAUGAUUCUACAAAAGGUCUGUACACACUCCGGUAAUAAAAUACCUUUAAAAAAAUGUAAUGUUG